AGUAAAUUGAAAAUAAAAGUUUAACGUUUUAUACUUUAUUUAUCAUAGUUUACAGACAAUUCAAGUUUUUAACUUAUUCAUUUAUUUUCAGCAUAGAGCAAAGUAAAUUAUAACCAGUUAGCAUCGACUGUGAAAAUUUUAGACUACAUCAUUUAAGAACAUCAUAUAUCAAAUAAGUAAAAUGCAGGCCAGGAACCAGCAUGACGGUGGACCCUGGGAGUUGUACUUCUCUUGUCCUCCACAGAUGAAGGAGUUGUGUGCUGUUACAGUGUGUGUGACACAGCAGGCUUCAGUCUGCAGACAGCUGCCACAGAUUCUUAAAUGCAGGGAGCUGAUAUUCACAGAGCCAGAUAUUUUAGCCACUCCUGCAUUGGGCUUCAUGUCUAGAGUACAUAUAAUUAUGCAGAAGUCUCUGUACCGAACUGGAAGACUGCAAACAAGAUUUGAAAAGAUGGGACUUGAGUUUAUCCGGAGAAUCUUCAUAAUCAUCCUCAUUGGGGGAUAA